AUGUCCGGAUUCUUUAAGCAGUUCUCCUGCAUUCUGUGCAGUAUGAUGCUGCUGUUUUGUGGAGGUAUGCACAUCGGCUGGAGCAUAACGCACCUGAACAUGAGCGGCAACAGUUGGGCGGUAGGCAUAUCCGUGGACGAGUAUCGGUUUGCCAUACUGUCGUUCUUUACCGGGUGUGGUUUUAUCCUACUGAUCGUAGCAGCCACAAAAACGCUACUCCCCACACGCAUCUGGAUCAUGCUGUCAGCGUUAUUUUUCAUCAUCAAUGGUGCGUUUUUCGUCGCCAUGCCAUCGUACUAUGCAGCAACGGUGGCAACACGCAUUAUAGCAGGCUUCGGUCACGGUAUCUGUCACGCCGUUUCGAUAAUCUACGUGGGCGAGAUUGCGUCGCGGAACUAUCGGGGGAAACUUGUUACUAUGCUCGUGUCCAGCAUCAUUGGCGGCAUUGCACUGUUCACCGUCCUGUCCAUGGUGACGACCAAUCCGAUCUUCAUCGUGGAACCAAACAUGGAUGCGAACCGUGCGGUCGGUAUCGUUAUCCUGUCGCUCAGCACAUUCGCCCUACUGACCGCCUGGUUCUUGGUGGUUGAAUCUCCCCUGCAUACACUCACAACUUCCGGCAACGAAUCGCUUGCACGCGCCAACCUGCUCAAACUGCGCGGCAUGUCGGUGGAAUCGCCUUCGAUAAUGGACGAGUUCGAGGAUAUGAAAACGCUCGCAUCGGAAAGUGAAAGCCUGUCGCCGUUCUUCCUUACCCAAGGCAAUUUCCCACCAUUCCAGUUGGUGCUGUUGGUAAAGUUGGCCAAUCUGCUGUUCUUCAAUUACUCCAUGAACACCGCCAAGAUGUCACUGAUGUCGCUAAUGUUUACGCUGACCUUGUUUACACACAACUGGGCGCCUCCACUGUUGAUGCUGAGCAAAUUUGCUGGUUCCGUGUUUGCUAUACUGAUCAUCGAUAUGCUCCCGCGUCGGUUCAUGUAUGGUAUCUCGUCUACCUUCACCGGUACGUUCAUGCUUGCGCUCGGUAUUAUACUGGCCACGUACGACAUUGUUGACACCUGGAUACCGCCAUUCCUUUACCUGGUGGCCGAAGUUUUCAACACCUUCGGCAUGUUGCCCGUGUCGGAAAUUAUGCUUUCGGAAGCAUUCCCACCGAAAAAGCGUGCCCUUUCCGUGUCCUCCAUACUGAUAUGCGAGUACGUCGGACACAUGGUGGUGUACAUCAUCUACUUCAAUGUGCCAUCCACGCUUACGAACACGUACAUCAAGACGCUUGUGUUUUCGGGCGUGAUUUUGCUCAAGUGUGUCAUCGCGGUACUGACGAUACCGGACACGCGGAACAAAUAUCCUCGGGAAGCGGUACACAUGUAUAUGCACAAGAAAAAAUAA